UUUCCCUCAGAGAAGCCACUGCGGACCAAUAGGACAAGAGAGAGGGGAUACUUGGAGCCAAUCAGAGCGAAGAGGGCGGGAAUGAAGUGUGGUUGCUGUGGCUGCUUGCUGCGGCGGUUGUUUGAAGAUGGCGGGUGUUGCUGGGUUCGGAGCCGCCGGUUAUUGGAGUGAAGACGCUUCAGAUGAAGAGCAGCAGCUCGUGUACGUCCCAGGACUGCAGACAGAAGGCAACUUGAGAUCUGCCCCUAAAUCUAAGACGUCUAUAUCUGAAGGCAGAAAAUCGAAUUCCCAGAAGCCUCUUCUUUCCUCUAAAAUGGAUUUACAGAGGCAGCAAGAGCAACAGGUGUCUCCUGAUGAAGGGGGGAUAAAGAGCGCCUCUUUGAAGGAUUUGUGCCCGGAAGACAAGAGGCGGAUUGCAAAUCUAAUCAAAGAACUUGCAAGAGUCAGUGAGGAGAAAGAGGUGACAGAGGAGCGGCUAAAAACGGAGCAGGAGUCAUUUGAGAAGAAGAUCCGGCAACUAGAAGACCAGAACAAUCUCAUCGGGACUGAAAGGGAAGCCCUGCAGCAGCAGUACCGGGAGUGCCAGGAGUUGCUGAGCCUCUAUCAGACGUAUCUCUCGGAGCAACAGAACAAGCUGCAUGAAUCUCCCAGAAGGACACGACAGGUGUGUGAGGUUAAUCAGCAUCCAACUGCCGGAGAACUAAACGGAUCGUACCUCGGCCAGUCGCAUCUCAGGCCCGGGAGUGACACCAGCAGUUCCAGAUCUUACGGAACCAAUCGGCGGUGCAGAAAUGAUCCUGCCUGCCCAAUCGGCUUCCAUGUUCCCAAUGCGGUUGGUCGCUGUUGUGCAAAACUUCCUGACCGUUCAUUGGCUCAGUGCUGCCUACAUUCUGCAUCAGGAAAUGCGCACAGCACCCCAGCGAGGCACCCACCUGAGCGAAGCAGUCCUUGCACCCACGGGAAUGGAAUCCAGACGCCACCCAAGAAAUCCAGUGUCUCUGAGGAGAGAAAGCACCAGCUCCUGCUGCAGAAACUGGAACUGGAGGUGGAGAAAGAGCGGCUGCAGCAGCUGUUGGUCCAGCAGGAGACAAAAUUACUAGUCAAACAGCAGCAGCUGCAGCAGUCCAGGCUGCAACGCAACAGUCGGAGUCCAAUGUUAAUUAAUGAGACUCGACCAUCUUCUGACCCUAUUCCUAUGGCCAACAGCUUCAGAUAUAGUCCCGCGAGGCCUUCGUCUGAGGGUGUUACAACUCCACCAUCCAUCAAAAGUUCCAAAAAACACCACAGUGGGGGUAAAAAAUUCCAAAAAACAACAGUUUCUCUGUGUGAGACUCAAGAUAGAGACCCUACAUGUGCAGAGGCAGGGAAUGGUUUCACCAGAGGUUCCACCAAGGAUGCAGCCACGUCUCCCUAUGCAGAAACACAGAAGCCGGAGCCAGUCGGCACACUUCCACCCCCCGCGGUGCAGCGUGGAAUCUUCCGGUAUGAAACGUCUCUGAUCGACAUGCUGGAUGCAAUAAGCCCCAUCUCUGCUGAGAGACAGCGCCCCCGUUGCAGAGAGACCGAUAACUUCAGCCCAGCCCCCAGGAUCCAUUCCAGGUCUUCCAGACUAACUCUCUCCCAGUCUCCCAGGGGACAGCCACCCACAGAGGAUCCAGAGGAGAGCAAGAUGUUAGAGGAGAUCUUCUUCAUUUGUUGAUUAAACCCCCCAAUCCCA